GGCGCGUCGACCUUUUUAUGUUUUAAGCCCGCCACAAUUCAACUCGGGUCUUCUGGGAGCUCGAUCGUACUCGAGUGUCGGGUCUCUGAGCCUUUAAAACACAAAGGAUCUGCAGAGGACUGCUGCCUGUUGUCCUCAUUGACUCGACCACCCUCUCACCCGCGGCGCGUCACGAGCUUCCCUGACCACAUUUAAUUACUACAUCAUUGUUUCCUACACUCGUUAACCAAUUUUUUCCUGGUUCAAUAUCCGAAAAUUGCGCAACGACGGUCUUCGAUACCCUCCAACAUGUCGUUUGGCAGUGGAGGCGGUUUCUCGUUCGGUUCGAACACCACCCCCCAGAACACCGGCUUUGGUGGAUUCGGAAGCAAUAGCAAUACUGGCUUCGGUACGAGCACCAGUAACACUGGAUUUGGAUCCAGCACAGCUGCCUCAAACCCGUUCGGUGGUGGUGCCAGCGGUGGCAGUGGCAGCACAUUUGGCUCAGGUACUGGAGGCUUCGGCGGCAACACCAACACAUCCGGUUCCCUCUUUGGCAAUAAGCCAGCAUCGAAUCCCUUCAGCUCGAGCACCAACACUGGUGGUGGCUUGUUUGGAAAUUCUACGCAGCAGAACACUGGCUUCGGAAGCUCAACAGGAGGAUUUGGCAAUGCCACAAACACUGGAGGAUUCAGCAGUAACACUGGCGGUUCAUCCUUCAGCUUCGGCGCUAACAAACCCGCAUUUGGCUCGUCCAGCGGUUCUACCCCUCUGUUCGGUCAAGGUGGCUCAGGAACUACUGGUGGCUUCAACGCAGGAGCGUUUGGCGCAGCUGGUUCUGGCACAGCUUUGAGCAACCAGCCAGUCCCUCCUUCAGACGGAACCGCAUCUACGCCGUACGCUCCGACAUUGGACAAAGAUGCAUCAGGCCAACAGAGCAACUAUCAGAGCAUCAAUUUCAUGCAACCUUACCAAAAAUAUUCUUUCGAAGAAUUGCGCUUAGCAGACUACAAUGCUGGACGUCGCUAUGGUAGUGCAACGGGGACUUCAGGCGGUUUCGGAUCUAGUACAUUCGGCGGCUUCGGCGCCAGCAGUACCCCGGCGUUUGGUGGUGGUGGUGGUGGUGGCGGCACGACCGGUGGCCUCUUUGGGCAAACAACCACAUCCUCCACCGGCUUCGGCAGCGGCACUCAGACUACAGGCUUUGGUGGCGGAGGCCUCUUCGGAAACAAGCCAGCAGGAGGUGGUCUCUUUGGCCAGCAACAAUCGUCAGGGACCUCUACCGGAGGACUGUUUGGCACUGCUGGCAGUACUGGUGGUGGCUUUGGAUCUGCACCUUCAGGCGGAUUCGGAUCCGGAAAUAGUAGCGCUGGUGGCCUUUUCGGUCAACAGCAGAACAAGCCAGGUGGUUUGUUUGGCGGCAGCACCACUACCAGCGCCCCAUCAUUUUCAUUCGGCAGCACAGCUCCUGCAAGUGGAGGUACUGGCCUGUUCGGUGGCAGCGGUCAACAACAACAGCAACAACCACAACAGCCACAACAGUCUGGUGGUUUGUUCGGCACCGCUACUCAACAAAAGCCACUCUUUGGUGGUACAUCUGGAGGUUUUGGCACGUCGGCAACUCAAAGCCAGCCUUCUGGAGGACUAUUCGGGACUGCCGCCACUCAAGGCGGAGGCGGCCUUUUCGGCGGCAACGCCCCUGCAAGCGGCGGCACCGGGACGGGAUUGUUCGGGUCCACUGGCGGUACAGCAGGUACUCCAAUGUUCGGGCAGCAGCAGCAGAAGCCCGGUGGCCUAUUUGGUGGAAGCACUUUCGGAACCAGCCAGCCAAGUACUGGCGGAGGUCUGUUCGGCACCAGUGGGACAAACACUCAACAACAAGGCGGCGGAUUCUCGUUUGGGGGUGCUGCCCAGAAGCCUGCGACAACCUCUCUAUUCGGCACCACUGGCUCACAGCAACAAGGAGGGCUCUUUGGCCAGUCCGGUGGGACGAGUCUCUUUGGCACAUCACAGACGGCCCAACAAGGUCAACAACAGCAACCAGACUUCAAGCAGUCGUCUCUGAAUGACCCAAACCCAUACGGUCAGACUUCAAUCUGGACAGGCUUGCCAGUACCCACGCCCGAAACUGCAAAGCCGCUCUUCACGCCGUUGUCAGCAACUCAGAAGAUGAAGGAAAGUCAAGCGAAACCACCACCAAGUCUCCGACUCAGUCAGUCACGAUACAUGACCCCACCUCGACGCUCAGGCUUUGGCUUUUCUUACUCCACUUACGGAACUCCUAAUAGUGCUGCGAGUACCCCUGGCGCCAGUGGUUUGACCGGCAGCAUGUACGGCAGCAGAAGCUUUACUGGUGGCAGCUUCGGACGUUCAUUUGGGAAGAGCGCCUCUGCUAGCAACCUGAGAUCCCAGUUCUCUGGAGAUGGCGAUGGCGUCUUGAGCCCCAGCGCAUUCGCACCUAGCGCUGGCCGAUGGUCUGGCGGCAAUAUGCGUCGUCUCACUAUUGAUCGGAGCAUCAGAAACGAUCUGUUCAGCCGACCGGCACUUCCUGCCCUUCCAGCAAGCGCGCCUGAGAAACCUACUGGCACUCAAGAUGAAGCAGUGGUGAUCAACGGUGCCGAGUCCUCGACCGAGCCAAGCAAACUGAAAAAGCGUGUCAGUUUCGACAAGGGCACUAUCGGCGGCCAGGAAGGGACCUUGAAUGGCGAAAAUGGGGCCCUGGUACGUACCGAAGCCGAUGGAGAAGCAUCAGAACGUGGCAGAACGGUCAACGGGAGUGCCACUCCGGAAGCCGAACCUGCUCGAGGGAAUGAGCUUGCUGUGGUUCCAGAAGAUCGCGAGUCUGACCACGUGACUUCUUCCAAGAACGCGGUUCAGGCGAAAACAGAUCCACAACCCGGUGAUUACUGGAUGAAACCCAGCAGAGCCGAACUCAGCAAGAUGCCACGUGAAAGAUUGCAGAAGUUCGUCGGCUUCGAGGUUGGCCGCAAGGGUUGUGGUAAGGUCGUUUUCAACGGCCCUGUUGAUCUGACCGCCUUGCCUCUGGAUGAUCUGUAUGAGAAGAUUGUCGAGAUUCGUCUUCGGUCAGUCACUGUCUACCCUGAUGCGAGCUCGAAACCACCUGUCGGCAAAGGUCUCAAUGUUCCGUCCACGAUCUCGAUUGAGAAUUCCUGGCCUCGCUCCCGUGGUCAGCCGUCUUCUGCUACGACUGGUCCCAUCUUUGAUAAACACGUCAACCGACUCAAGAAGAUGCAUGGUACUGAAUUUGUCAACUACGAGGUCUCGACUGGUGUUUGGACAUUCAGAGUCCCUCACUACACCCGCUAUGGGUUGGAUUAUGAUGAAGACGAGGAGCUCAGCCAGAGUCAGAUGUCUGUGCCUCCUGACUCCAUAAGCGGGUCUCAACCAGGCAAUGUCUCGGCCAUGGAGGUUGAUAGCGAAGAUCAGGACGAUACCCAAGACGAAGACGACACUUUUGCUUUCAAACAGAAGACCGUCCCCGGAGGGUUUGGCCGACGCUCUGCAAUCGAUGACGACACUGAUGUUCCGACGGCACAGACGAUCGAGGAGGACGUCCAUGACUCUGACAUCGCAGCACAGUCUGAAAGUGAGGAUACUGAUCACGAAGUCAGCAUGGUCGGCUCGUUCCCUCCGCCGGGAGCGCAGGCUCUCCUCAGCCCAAACAAGCCAAUCUUGAGAGCGAGCCGGCUGGGCACGCCCGGCAAAGGCCUAAACAGUCUCGAUGGUGAUUGGGCAGAACAACUUCAACGCACAAUCAGCCCUCGCAAGCAGAAUCGAGACGCUCUACGAGACGUCCAGAACAAAGUUCUUCUGGACCGCGCCUACGAACCCAUGAAGCCUAAGUCUCACAACAAAAAUGAGUUUCGCACCAGCAUCGAUAUUAUGAAUUCCUUGUUCAGCAGACAUGAAGAGAGAAUGGCAAAGGGGAGGAAAGGACAGGCAGGGCCGGAUCUUGAGUUUCCUUAUGCAAAACGCGCGAAGACCUUUGAUGAUGACGACUCCGACAUGACUGAAAACGAUAAAUUGUGGCACGCUUCUUUCAAGCCUCAUUUCACGGAAGGAAACAAGCUCAUCUACAAGACCAGUGGUGCGAGUGAAGCCGAUGCUGCCUGGGUGGAUAAUGUUUUGAUCGAAAGUGGAGUUGAAAAGUUAUGCCUUACUUCACUUCGACCUGCGAUUGUCAACAUGGAGGCGAGCACGCUUAUGGCAGACAUUCAAAUCAAGCUCGUUGAAAACGUCCCCUUUGCUAAGCACAAUACUGUCCCGCUGUCACAAGCCAGAGACCAAGUCAUGGAGCAAGGCGCCAGCACCGACCAACUUGACGUCUACGAGCUCGCGCACGUUCUAUUCGAUGAUUACGACGAUGAAUUCACUUUUGGCCUAAGCCGUCAGCAGAAACGCGAAUUCCACCAGCGUAUCCAGAAAGAUCGCCUGUCAAAGUUCCUUGCCGCCUUAGUCUGGCGCCGACACGCUGAGAAGAUACAGGCAUCCGAAAAAGGUAGUGCAGCAGCAGCGGCAAUCCUUCAUCUCACGGCCAAGAAUGUCAAGGCCGCGUGUGAUGCGUUGAUGCGCGAAAAGGACAUCCAUCUGAGUCUGUUGGUUGCGCAGAUCGAACAGGCCGACGACACUUUUCAAAACGACCUGACUGACCAGAUUGGUGCGUGGAGACAGCAGGGUGUUCUGUCCGAGAUGUCGGAAGAGAUUCGUGCUGUGUAUGAGCUUCUCGCAGGCAAUACGACGAUCGCGCAAGGCAAGCAGAAUGUUCCGGUCGAAGACAAGGCCAGUACCUUUGCCAUCUCAGAAAAGUUCGAGCUCGAUUGGGUGCAGGCAUUCAGCCUCUGUCUGUGGUAUGGACGGCAGAAGAACGGGGACGUCGCAAGUGCAGUCUGUGAUUUUGAAGAGAAAGUGGUGACACGUCAAGAGGCAAUGAGCCCAGUCGGUGAGGACGGGAGGGAAGAUCCGUUAUGGGUUAUCCUGAAGUUGUUGGCCAGCAUGACGCAGGGAAUGGGCGUCGAGGCGCCCGUGUUCCCGCAAGCAUUGUCGGCAUUGUCACAGCCUUGGAACUCGAUGAACGCAUUUCAACUACAUCACACCAUCGCCGCUGCCGUGCCAGCUGCCAAGAUCGAACACGAUCAGGCUGAUAAUUUGGCUCUGGCUCUUGCCUUUGAACAUUCGGCACGAGGCAACAUCAUUGGCGCGGUGUGGGCACUAGUACAUAUCUCCAACUCACGCAUACGCGGCUAUCAGAUCCGGGAAUUCCUCAACAAGCAUGCCGCUGUCUUACCAUCGCCGCCAGACAUGGAGCAGUCGGAUGCCCAGAGUCAAGGACAAGGACAACUGUGGUCAGAUUUGACGGCUCGGCUCAAAGUGCCGGGAGCAUGGAUAUGUCACGCCAAAGCACUUUACGCACGCUCAUGCAACGAUCCGCUCGUGGAACUGGCUUAUCUCCUUCGGGCAGACGAAUAUGAGCAUGCGCACAAGUGUCUACUCAAGCGCGUGGCGCCACGGCUUGUUAUUGACGAAGACUGGGACACUUUACGUGCGGUGCUGGCAAAGUUCGGCGAGAAUCCCGAGGACAACGUCGACACCACGGAGUGGAAGUCUGGAGGCCAAGUUUACGCGGACUUCGUCCUUUUGAUGGACACGAACUCGUCAGCCGGGCACGGAGCCAGAAGACCGAGCAACGCUGAAGCCGAGACUAGACGGAAGACGAUAUUGCAGCGAUUGCAGACCGCGUUGAUCGGCUUGAAUGGUCAGUUCGCUGGUAAAGGCAAAGCGCUCGCCCUGGACAAGGAUAAAGAGAAUCUCGAGCAGCGGGUGGCUCUGUGUGAAAUGGGUAGGGCGGUGGGGAGGGCCAUUGAGAUGGAUGCUCAAGAGGGUCUGGGUGGCAAGAAAUCGAUUCUCGAUCUCCCACUCACCGCGGACGCGAGGCUGAUUCACGCCCGGGCGCUGGGCGUGGAGUAUUAUCGUGGUGUUAUGGCUACGGCGAGAUGAGCUUCCCAUCUUUCCCCUGCUCAGCUCAUCUGGGACUCAAAAGGCUGUGCCCACAGAUGGUCGCGUGUGGACUCCGACUUGGGAGAGAAAAAAUGGUCUCGACUUGGGGAAUUUGGGGAUUUGGUUUGGGCGUCUUUCAUCCUCGUCACAAAAGAUGUACCAGUAUGAUUCACUUUAUGCCUCGCGCUCGGGUUCUAAACGGUUAAUCAGACCACUGGCUUCGAAGAGUGGUUAUGAUCGUGGACAUUGAAGAAAUCCAAGUAUGAAUAUCAACACGGUUGUGGGCUCGUAGGAGGCUUGGUAUCCGGGACCUGGACUGGAUCUGUGUGAUGUUCCCAACACCCGACAACGGUGCUAGUGACGACCGACAAUAACUUGGUGACGUGGCAUAACCGAGCUGGCCGCCGAGCUGCGCCGAGCUUUUGGAUUGUGGUUACCUACCUAAGGUACCUAAGGUCGAUAGGCAGGUGUGAUGAAGGCAAGAGAGAAAAGAAAGGAGAGCGAGGAGAGUGAAAGAAAGAGAGAAUAGUUGGUACUACCGAGAAUGACUCAUCGGGGGUCGUGCUCAUGCCUCGUUAUUAUUGAACCACAAGAAUGCCAGUCUUUGUUGCACGAGUACCAGAAUGAUAGAAAGUAUCUGUAAAC